AUGACAACAACUUUAAACCAAGCUUUAAAAACCCACUUUGGGUUCGAUACCUUCAGGUGUAAACUACAGGAAGAUGUUGUCAGAGCGGUCCUCAGAGGUGACAGGGAUGUGUUUGUGUGCAUGCCUACUGGAGCAGGAAAGUCCCUGUGCUACCAGCUGCCUGCACUUAUGGCUGAAGGUAUUACUUUGGUUAUAUCCCCGCUGAUCGCUCUCAUUCAGGACCAAGUGGACCGCCUGAAGAGUCUGAACAUCCCUGCCUGCUCCAUCAACUCCAAACUCCCAGCAGGCGAGCGCCGUCUGAUCCUGGCUGACUUGGGGAGCGGCAGCCCCAAGCUGAAGAUGCUCUACAUCACUCCGGAGAUGGUGGCCUCGCCUUCCUUCCAGCCCUGCCUGACUGACCUGUGCUCCCGCGGCCUGCUGUCCUACCUGGCUGUGGACGAGGCUCACUGCGUGUCCCAGUGGGGACACGAUUUCAGGCCGGACUACCUCAAACUGGGUGUGCUGCGUGCUCGCAUCCCCGGGGUCCCCUGUUUGGCCCUGACAGCGACAGCACCCAAGAAUGUACAAGAGGACAUUGUUGAGUCCCUGAGACUGCGCUCGCCGCUGUCUUUUGUUUCACCUGUCUUCCGCAGUAACUUGCACUAUGAUGUGAUCUUCAGGGAGCUGCUGCCAGACCCCUACGUCCACCUCCAUGCCUUCAUUAAGAAGGCGCUGGGACUGGACAGCGGGUCUGAUGGACAGGGUUGUGGGAUUGUGUACUGUCGGACCAGGGAAGGCUGUGAAACUGUGGCUUACCAGCUGACCAAGCUUGGAGUCUUGGCCAAGGCUUAUCAUGCAGGUCUUAAGGGAGGAGAUCGCACAGAGGUCCAGAAUGAGUGGAUGCAGGGGAAGGUGCUGGUUAUUGUAGCCACCAUCAGCUUUGGUAUGGGAGUAGACAAGGCCAAUGUCAGAUUUGUAGCUCAUUGGAACCUGGCAAAGUCCCUGGCCAGUUAUUACCAAGAGUCUGGGCGAGCUGGGAGAGACGGGCUGCCCUCAUCCUGUCGCACAUACUACUCCCCGAGAGACAGGGAGCAAAUGAACUUUCUCAUCCGCCAGGAGGUUGGCCGCAAACAGGAAAAACGCGGCUCUGCGAAGGAGACCGAUAAAGCAGCCAUUACAGACUUUGAAGCCAUGGUGUCGUUCUGUGUGCAAGAAUCUUGUCGUCAUGCCACCAUCUCCAAGUUCUUUGGGGACAAGACACCCAACUGUGCAGGCGCCUGCGACUUCUGUCGUAACCCUAAAGCUGUACGAGCCCAGCUGGAGAAGGCGACUGCACUCAGCACAAAGACUGAAGCUCAGGGGAAAGGGCCCACGGGACCGUUCGGUUUCCAGCCGGGUCUCUAUGAAGGAGGAAGGAAGGGCUAUGGCUUUGAAAGGUAUGAUGAAGUGGACGGGGGUAGUAGUGAGGAUGAUGGCACAAAGAGGAAAAAGGACUUUUCUGACUUAUUCAAGAAGCAGAUGAACAUGCGGAAGGGAACUGAGGGUCCGAGGGAAGACUUUGUUCCUCCAGACGCUGACUGCCCACUCAGAGAGGCCAGCAGCCAGAGGAUCCCCAGGCUCACUGUGAAGGCCAGAGAGCACUGCCUGUGCCUCUUGCAGGAAGCAUUACAUGGCCACCAGGGGGCAGAAGACGCAUUCAGCUGUGACACCCUGUCUUUAGCGGUGGAUAUCGAACACGAGGUCUUCAAGAGCUGCAAGUCUUCCAACUUGUACAAAGCCGCUGUCUUAAAGAGGGUGUCGGAGAUGAAGAAAACAGCAACUGCUUCAACCGGAGGAGAAAAAGGAGAAAGUGACAAGAUUAACAGCAGUGGUGAAUCCGGAGAAAGUGAGUCGAAACUCAAAGAGGACGCACCUUCCUCCUCCUCCUUUUCUGAGGCGCUGCAGGGGUUCACAUCUGCCUCUGAGAUCUACUCGAUGAAGCGUAAAAGGGUAGGGGCAGGCCUGAGGGGCUCAUCCAACCCCUUCCUGACAGCGAAGGAUCUGCUGAAGCAGGACACUGUGUCUUCUAACAAAGGGACAGAGAGCGGUGGAUUUUACAGCGACAGCUUAGGAGGUCCUGGAGAGACGAACACAGAUGCAUCUCUGGCUGUAACGUCAUCCAUCAGAGCCAGAGCGAGUGCCGUUGCUGCCUCCCUCAACAGCCCCGCGAAGGGCGGCAGAGCCAUGAGCAAGAAGCAGCAGAAGCUAGCGGAAGCGGCAAAGAGUUCCCGCAACAUUUUCCAGUACUUUACGAAAAAGCAAACGACAGAGAAAAGCCCGAAGGAGGAGGCAGAGGAGGGACUUGAUGCUACGUUGUCUCAUGCUACCACAGUGGUCCCUGAAGAUAACAGUAGCCAGCAGGAUGACUCCGCUGUCACUGUGGAGGCUGUACAGAUCAGUCCUGUGGACUCAGAGAUUGAGGAAGUGUUUCAAGAAGAAAGUAAAACAAAAGUAAUAAUUAUACCCGAUGAUGAAGAGGGGGAAAUCCAUAAAACAGAGAUGAUGGAGCUUGAACGUGUGCCAGACACAUCGAAUGAGUCCACUACGGAACAAAACAAACCAGAAGAAGAAGCUAAAGAACCCCUAACAGCAGGGCUUACAGAUGUGAAAGUGGACAGAGAGUCUUCUCCUCCAGCGAAGCGCAGACGCCCUGCAGACGCCCGCAACCGAAGAGUAACCUUCAACCCCAACGUGCAGGAGAGGGCCCUGCACCCCGUUAAUGAGCCGCCCAAGCCUGUGUCGCUGAAGGAGGCAGCUGACAUUGUGGUCCGCUACCUGGACCCCUUUUACACUCAGGGAAAGUUCGCCACCAAGGAGCUGUUCAAGUCCUUCGCCCGCUACUUGUCUCACCUUCUUGCAGAGGGGAGGAGUCGGGGGAAAGGCCAAGUUAAAGUGGAAGCCAAGGCUCUCAUCAAGAAAUUCUUCAGCACAGUCAAGCGCUGUGAGAGCGAGGCGGACUGGAAGCACCUUAAAAGAUCGCACAGCUGUAAAACCACAGAGAACACUGAGUGACGGGAAGGGAAAUGUAGCCAUUUUUAGGGUCAGACCCUUCCUCUUUGUCAGUGCCUAAGCUUCCCUCGUCCCAGUGAUCUCAGGCUUCGCCACAGACGCCUGCCGACCAGGUUUAUGUUUAAUUUGCUGCUAGAGUUCUGCUUUUCAGGCUUGUUGCUGCUACAGUAACUUAUGUCAAUAAUUAAGCAAUAACAUGUGGACUGUUAAAGCCUGAGAGAGCAGAGGUAAAACUGUGCAUACUGGUGUUCUUUAUGUUUCAGCCCAUUUACUGAAGAGUGUGUACACUUCACAUUCAUUUAUUGAUUUCACUACAGUUUUAAACUUUACUGGUGCUGCACUCAUUUCUUUUCAUCUCAGGCUGCAUGUAAACCUAAAACAUGUUCCAACUCUCUGCAAGUUGAUUUUCAUAUUGAGAUGAGAUAAAUGGAAAUCAAAGACCUCUUGGAAUUACCAAGACUAUGACGCUACGGUCAUGCUAUUAGCUCUGUGAGGCAGUUACCGUGAGCCAAAUGCUAACAUCAGUAUGCUAACAUGCUCGCAGUGACAGUGCUAACAUUACACCUAAUGUUCAGCAGGUGUAACGUUUAUCAGGUGCACCAUUUUAGCUUAGCGUGUUGGCAUGCAAACAUUUGCUAGUUGACACUAAACACUAAAGCGUACAGCUGAGGCUGAUGGGAAUGUCAUUAGCGUUGCAGGUGUUAAAUAAACGGUGUCGCACAAUAUCAAAUCUUUUGGCCUGACUGCCAGGUGGAAGGUUAAGGGAUCACCAAGGUCAGUAGGGUCCAUCCUCUGGGGACCAUUUACGUUCGCAAUCUAUCUAAUAGUUGAUGAAAGUGAUGGACCAACCAACAUACCAACGGACAUUUCCAUCCAGAGCCGCACAGCACGGUUAGAAACGCACUGUGGAGAUGGUUGACAGUAAUGUGAGGAAUACAUCGUUUGCAGUAAAUGGGGAUAAAACAUUCAAAAACACUGGAAUGAUGUUUUAAUAUUUGACAUAAACCAGGUCCUGUGUUGCGGGAGCCUAAUGGACACUGCUUUUUUUUUUACUGCUGCUACAUAUGUUGUCUUUGGCUGCUGGGCUGUGUUUUUUCUUUGGUGUUUGUGUUUUCUUUUAUUUAAAACUAAGUUCAGUUUUGUCUGGUUCGUGUCUCUUGCAGAAUGAUGUUUUUCUGUUUGUUUUUUUAAUGUUGUGUUUUACAAUGAGGGAACGGUUCUUCAGUAUUAGUGCCUGUCGGGGCUGUGAUGGGCCACAGUUUCUGUCUCCACAGUGAAGAGGCGACCCAAAGAGUACUUGAAGCACUGAUGGACACAGAGGUCUGGACAGCCAUAGUCUAUCUUCUCUUUGCUCCUAAAUGUUUACAAUAAAGUCUGUGGUGAGUAGGAAGAGACCGGCCACAGUGUGAGACCUUUA